AAACUGUAAACAAUCGAAACAAAACUUUUCAAAAAAAAAAUUAAAAAAUCUCAAAAACUUAAUAAAAAAGUUGCAAAAUCAUCGAAAAAAUGAACGGAAUUGACUCAAGUGACGAGAAUGAGAAGAUGGAAAAUGAAGUUUGCUGUCUAAUUGACGACGGUGUGAAGUGCAAUCGUAUAGCUGGAAAUGCAUCGUUUUCAAAACGUAUCCAGAAAGGAAUCAGUCAAAGAAAAAUGAAGCUUUCACUUGACGCACUAGCACGAAGUCAAUUCAUUUGUGAUUAUCACAAGUCAAAGAUCCAAAGUGCACGGUCAAUGAAAAGACAUCAGCGGACCACAAUCAGUCGAGAUUCUGAUUCUGGAAGUGAUUCGGAGUCUCCAGAAGUUGACUUUUACUCAUUGCAAGUCCAGACACUAAGGAGGUAUAAGAAGUACUAUAAAGUCAGCACACGUCCAGGUCUCAAUAAGGCACAACUUGCUGACAUCAUUUCAAAGCAUUUCAUGACAAUUCCAGUAAAAGAAAAGGAAGUUUUGGCUUACUUUAUUUACACGGUGAAGCAUUCAGGACAGGUUCAGAAUAAUACAAAAGGAUUGGACUAGAUUGAACUACCUGAAAGUGACCUCA